UACAGGAGAUGACCAGAGACUACAGACAUAGUACAGGAGAUGACCAGAGACUACAGACAUAGUACAGGAGAUGACCAGAGACUGCGGACAUAGUACAGGAGAUGACCAGAGACUGCGGACACAGUACAGGAGAUUACCAGAGACUGCGGACACAGUGCAAGAGAUGACCAGAGGCUGCGGACACAGUACAGGAGAUGACCAGAGACUGCGGACAUAGUACAGGAGAUGACCAGAGACUGCGGACACAGUACAGGAGAUGACCAGAGACUGCGGACACAGUACAGGAGAUGACCAGAGACUGCGGACACAGUACAGG